AUGUCACAAAUAUCUAGAAAUGAUUCGGCUACCACUGACACUUCAAUAUCAACCUCGGGAUCUACAACGGUAUUGUCCACAUCCUCGUCCGAUAAGGACACUGUGAGUAUAAACCAACAACGCGCAAGAAUAAGGUCCGGCUCAUUAUUUGUCGAGGGAUCUCAUCUAUCUCCAUCAUCGGAAACGAAAUCAUAUAACAUUUACAUCGAUGAUACCAAAUACGAUAAAAUCUUUAGAGGAGAUUCAACCUCAAGUGGCACGGGCAGUCCGCAGGUCUUCGAAGAUGCUAAAGAUGAUAAUUUCCACGAAGAAUCACAUAGAGCUUUGGAGAAUUCAAUUUUGGAUUUAAUACGACGAGGCUCGGAAGCUGCAGAAUUCCCAUUACCUCCGCCAUGCUCAAGUGACAGAAACAGAAAUUCUUCCCACGGCUCUUCCGCAGAAACGAAUCCGAAUGGACACAGUAGCAGCGGUACUAUUUCUACUUCAGUACUUUUGAAUUUGGGUUCCGCUGAAAAGCAUGCUGAGACCGCCAGGGGUGAUUAUAUAGAUUCAUCUUCAGUAAAAUCAUCAGAUAAAAAAAAGGAGAGACGUUCUUCGUCAUACUAUCCGCCAUACUAUCCACCAAAUGGAGGUAGCCCACAAAACGAACAGCCAGGGAAUACCGUUUCGAAAAGCCGAGCCUCAAGUCAAGUGCAGGAUGAAUACUCUUCAUUUUCCUCUGUGCGGUAUGAUGACGGGUUCGUACCAUCGAUUGAAGAAGCUGUUGAAGUAUCUAAGAAAAAGAUUUCCAAUGACGCAUCAAAAGAUGUUUUUCCUGACCAGACUUUCAUACCGCAUGAGUUUCAAAUACCAAAAAAGGCUUGGAAUAGGCCCUCGGCACAUACCCCUACAAAGUCAUUUCCCAUGGUCAAAACUCCAAGAAACCAUUAUCUGCUAACCGACAUAUUAAAACCGUCUGAAGCGGUUGACCUUGCCAAUCAACAAAGGUCUCCUACCUUGUUAAAUAACACAUUACACCCUAAUACAUGGCAUAGCUCUGCUAAAGAAGGCCCCCAACCCCGAAACCAAGAUGAAAAGCUGCGGGAAACCAACCGAUCCGCUCCAAAUCAUAUUUAUCGUUCCCAAGCUCCUCUUGAUGUAGGAGCGAACACCUCGGGUGGUCAAAACUCACUGUAUCAUGAAGAACAUUCAAAUAAUGCGGAUGACUAUUCAGUUUCUAAAGAAAUCGGUCAAGAAAAUCAGGAUGGCACAAAAUACGAAUACGAAACAUUUGCUAAAGGCGCGGACCAAGAAUGGCAAUCGCCCUUUCAAAUGCACACGAUACCCAUUCAGAGAAUAGACACAUCCUCCAUACAUUCGUAUGACUCCCAAACGCGUGGAUUCUCCGAAGUCUAUAGUAUAUCAAGAAUCAUGGUGACACUGUGCACCUGUGUUUUAAUUCCGCCGCUGUUCUUUUUCUUUUCCAUUGAUGGAAAUAACGGUAUUUCAAAUUAUAGACUAAUGAGAAUGAUAAUGAAUCAUGAGCAUAGAAUUGGCCUACUCAAAGGAUUCGAAUGGGACAUUGACAUAAAAUGGUUCAGAACGUUAUGUUUUAUUUUAGGAUGCAUAGAGUUGUUAGCUAUAUUCGCUGGUAUAGGAAUAGGAUUUGGCGUGGGAGUAACUCGAGAGUAG